AAUCCUAUCCUUUUUCCUACCAUCGUUUCCCUACCUUUGACACUGGCAAAUACACAAACCGUGUGACGCCAAAAGAAAAAAAAAAAAAAAAAAAAAAAAAAAAAAAAGUGACAACAUACCACAACAUACCUACCAAGUCUAUGGUCUGUGGUGACAACUCAGAAAACUCUAAGAAAAGUUUUCAAAAUGUUAAAACUGAUAAUUUUUCUAAUAACACUUUUUGUCAGUCCCUUACCUGGUGAUCCAAAUAUUCCUAUCGUGGUAACUACAUGGAAUUUUAGUAAUGCUACUGUGGGUGCUUGGGAUAUACUGAAAAACGGUGGUAGUUCUCUGGAUGCUAUCCAAAAAGGAGCAUCUAUUUGCCAAGAGCAGCAAUGUGAUGGCACUGUUGGAUAUGGAGGUAGCCCUGAUGAACAUGGUGAGACUACAUUAGAUGCGCUUUUAAUGGAUGGUAAAACUAUGAAUGUGGGGGCAGUUGGUGCUCUACGUAGGAUAAAAGAUGCAGUAUCUGUAGCUAGACAUGUUUUGGAGCAUACAAAACAUUCUCUGCUUGUUGGGGAGCUGGCAACAGAAUUUGCUGUGGAAAUGGGUUUUAAUGAAGAAAAUUUGUCUUCUCUUGAAUCAAGAGAAAUGUGGAAAACUUGGUACAAUAAGAAUAACUGUCAACCUAAUUUUUGGAUGAAUGUCAAACCAGACCCAAGUAAGUUCUGUGGUCCAUACAGAAAGCAAAAUAACUUACUGUACGGUAAACCCUACCAAGCCAUGCAAGUUGACCACCUAAAUCAUGACACUAUUGGUAUUGUAGCUAUUGAUAACUAUGCCAAUGUUGCUGCUGGCACAUCAACAAACGGAGCAAAGUUUAAGAUACCAGGACGUAUUGGUGAUUCACCUAUUCCGGGAUCAGGUGCAUAUGCAGAUAAUUCAGUUGGAGGAGCUGCAGCUACUGGUGAUGGUGAUAUAAUGCUACGUUUUUUACCAAGUUUUUUAGCGGUUGAAGAGAUGCGGCGCGGAGCAAUGCCUGAAGAAGCAGCGAGAGUUGCUGUCAAUAGAAUUGCUGAUCAUUAUCCAGACUUUAUGGGUGCUGUUAUUGCACUUACAAAAGAUGGAAAACAUGGGGCUGCUUGUCAUGGAAUACCCACAUUUCCCUAUAUAGUUCAAGAUAAUAAUAGAGAAACAUAUGAAAUUAUUACUAUCAAAUGUAAUCACUAAUACUGGGAGACAUUAGAUGUAUAAUUACCAAUUUAUGUUUUAUUACUUGCUUUCAUUUUUCCCAAAAUGUUUU